AUGGACCCCUUUGAGCGGCUUCCCGCCGAGAUCAUAAUCGAGAUUCUCCUUUUCACAUCGGAUUUUGUGGGCAUAGAAAGUCUCUUGACAGUCUCGCCCCGAGUGCGGACUAUAUUCCAUAGUCGACCCGGUCCAUUAUUUCAAGAGCUAGUGGCAUUCAACUCAAUCACCUCAGCCAGCCCUAUUCAAAAAAUCAUCCAGAAAGUGCAGUUUCUCCACAACUCCUCAUUCAACUUCCACGGUAUAGAGGAGUACAGACAAUGUACAGGCAGCCUUCAAGACCAGCCCGUUAUUCAUACCGAUGUCACAGAAGUGUCGCGGAUGAUGCAGAUUUCUGCCCAGAUUCAACGUCUUGCGUGUAAAUGUCUAUGGACAAUGCAGCAGAACUUCAUUUCAAUCGUCAGUGCCUCACCGGCAGGAAAUUUGUCUAGGUCAAUUCGUGCCCAAAAGGCAGCCAAACCCUUCUCUUGGGUCGAGGAAUCGACUAUUUACUGGGCUCUGUGGCAUUUGAGACACUAUUCCGACCUGCACAGCUACGGAACUCGUCUGAAUUGGACUGAAGAGUCCAUGAAAACGAUCCAAAAAUACCAAACAUGGAACGACAUCGAUGGCCUGGCCCCCGAAAUCAUUACUACCGUUGCCGCGGUACUAUCCGACUUGGGCUUAAGUCCAAUUUACCCUCCCUACCCGUACAUGAAUGAACCUGGGGAGUCUAUACGAGGAGCCUGGUGGUGGAUAUUGGAGACACCACCACCACUUUUCAAAUCUUUUGAUCUCGAAAGCAUGGAUAUCGCAAUUUGGCCUUCGCCGCCAACACCUCCAGAUGAUAUAGUGACAGCUGCGUGGCUUCUUAAUGAGGAACGUUGUGGCAAGGUUCCCACCCAAAUGGGGAUGUACAAAAAUUGGGCUCGGAUCCGAGCGUUUCAAGGGCCAAAUCCAGACUACACCUUGCUAAGAAUACAACCAUAUCGGAGGCUAGGCGUUCUUCUUUGGGAUCCAUGGCGCAUGUAUUCAACUGGGUUGAUGAAAUGGAAUUCUAGAGAGCCGCUUAUUCCAGCACCAGAUGGAGAUGAGGACUUGGUGGAAUUGGUGGGCGUUGAGGAUGUGACUAUGCAGGAGUGGCAUUCGAGAUGGAUCACACUUGCGGGGGUUAGGUGUUGA